CAGCGCUCAGAGCGCAGGCGCACAGGAGUUGGCAGGGGCCCGGGCCGAGGGCGGGCCAGAAGACGCGUCGUUUGGCUUUGGACAGCGUCGCAGAGUCGUCUGGGUUGAACCGCUGGGCCGAAAGCUUUUGUCAGGGGCCUGGGCGAGAGCGAGGCCCACGAGGUUCCCGAUGGUGUCCAUGACUUUCAAACGGAGCCGCAGCGACCGGUUCUACAGCACCCGGUGCUGCGGCUGUUGCCAUGUCCGCACCGGGACGAUCAUCCUGGGGACCUGGUACAUGGUGGUCAACCUAUUGAUGGCAAUUUUGCUGACUGUGGAGGUGACUCAUCCAAAUUCCAUGCCAGCUGUCAACAUUCAGUAUGAAGUCAUUGGUAAUUACUAUUCAUCUGAGAGAAUGGCUGAUAAUGCCUGCGUUCUUUUUGCCGUCUCUGUUCUUAUGUUUAUAAUCAGUUCAAUGCUGGUUUAUGGAGCCAUUUCUUAUCAAGUGGGCUGGCUGAUUCCUUUCUUCUGCUACCGACUUUUUGACUUCGUUCUCAGUUGUCUGGUAGCCAUCAGUUCUCUCACUUACUUGCCAAGAAUCAAAGAAUAUCUGGAUCAGUUGCCUGAUUUCCCCUACAAAGAUGACCUCCUGGCAUUGGACUCCAGCUGCCUUCUGUUCAUUGUACUUGUGUUCUUUGUGGUAUUCAUCAUUUUUAAGGCUUACCUAAUCAAUUGUGUUUGGAACUGCUACAAAUACAUCAACAAUAGAAAUGUGCCAGAGAUUGCCGUGUAUCCUGCCUUUGAAGCACCUCCACAGUACGUUUUGCCAACCUAUGAAAUGGCUGUGAAGAUUCCUGAGAAAGAGCCACCACCUCCUUACCUGCCUGCCUGAGGACGUUCUACCUUGUCAAUAAAGCCUAUACCAGCUUCUUGUCUUGUUUAUUUUACAGAAAGCUGCAAUGCAGGGCUCUCAGACUCGUUUGAUGUAAAGUGCACUGUCUUGUCUGAGCAUUUAUUUUCAAACACUAAGGAGCUUUUGGACAUUAUUAAAAAUUUUGUUAAGAAUCACAUUGUAGAAACUUUUGAAGACAAUCUAGGUUAAGCAAGAGCAAAGUGCCAUUGUUAGCCUUUAACUGAGGGUAGGGAGGGGAAGGGUCUCUAUGUUUUCUUUUUUAACUUUGCACUUUCUUUGUAUAAUGGUUUAUGUUUUGGAUGUCUGAUGCCCUGAAUAGUUUCCAGAGAGUGAGUUGGUCGAAGAUCCGCAGUCUCCAGCUCUGUGAAACAGGAGAGAGAAAGAGCAUUUUGACUUGACCUGGAAGAUGACGGUUGCAUGCUUCUCAUUUGUAUGUUUUCAUCUUUGUGAUAAAAUGCUUUAAUAAAGCUCUUAAAUUUUACCAUUGUCCUUAAA